CGCGGCCCCGGAGGUUUCACUGCACAACAAGAUGGCGGCGGCGGCGGCGAGCGGAGCUGGCGGGGCUGCCGGGGCCGGGACGGGGGGAGCCGGGCCCGCGGGCCGCCUGCUGCCUCCGCCCGCGCCGGGGUCCCCAGCCGCCCCCGCUGCCGUGUCCCCUGCGGCCGGCCAGCCGCGUCCCCCAGCCCCGGCCUCCCGCGGACCCAUGCCCGCCCGUAUCGGCUACUACGAGAUCGACCGCACCAUCGGCAAGGGCAACUUCGCGGUGGUCAAGCGGGCCACGCACCUCGUCACCAAGGCCAAGGUUGCUAUCAAGAUCAUAGAUAAGACCCAGCUGGAUGAAGAAAACUUGAAGAAGAUUUUCCGGGAAGUUCAAAUUAUGAAGAUGCUUUGCCACCCCCAUAUCAUCAGGCUCUACCAGGUUAUGGAGACAGAACGGAUGAUUUAUCUGGUGACAGAAUAUGCUAGUGGAGGGGAAAUAUUUGACCACCUGGUGGCCCAUGGUAGAAUGGCAGAAAAGGAGGCACGUCGGAAGUUCAAACAGAUCGUCACAGCUGUCUAUUUUUGUCACUGUCGGAACAUUGUUCAUCGUGAUUUAAAAGCUGAAAAUUUACUUCUGGAUGCCAAUCUGAAUAUCAAAAUAGCAGAUUUUGGUUUCAGUAACCUCUUCACUCCUGGGCAGCUGCUGAAGACCUGGUGUGGCAGCCCUCCCUAUGCUGCACCUGAACUCUUUGAAGGAAAAGAAUAUGAUGGGCCCAAAGUGGACAUCUGGAGCCUUGGAGUUGUCCUCUAUGUGCUUGUGUGCGGUGCCCUGCCGUUUGAUGGAAGCACACUGCAGAAUCUGCGGGCCCGCGUGCUGAGUGGAAAGUUCCGCAUCCCAUUUUUUAUGUCCACAGAAUGUGAGCAUUUGAUCCGCCAUAUGUUGGUGUUAGAUCCCAAUAAGCGCCUCUCCAUGGAGCAGAUCUGCAAGCACAAGUGGAUGAAGCUAGGGGACGCCGAUCCCAACUUUGACAGGUUAAUAGCUGAAUGCCAACAACUAAAGGAAGAAAGACAGGUGGACCCCCUGAAUGAGGAUGUCCUCUUGGCCAUGGAGGACAUGGGACUGGACAAAGAACAGACACUGCAGUCAUUAAGAUCAGAUGCCUAUGAUCACUAUAGUGCAAUCUACAGCCUGCUGUGUGAUCGACAUAAGAGACAUAAAACCCUGCGUCUCGGAGCACUUCCUAGCAUGCCCCGAGCCCUGGCCUUUCAAGCACCAGUCAAUAUCCAGGCGGAGCAGGCAGGUACUGCUAUGAACAUCAGCGUUCCCCAGGUGCAGCUGAUCAACCCGGAGAACCAAAUUGUGGAGCCGGAUGGGACACUGAAUUUGGACAGUGAUGAGGGUGAAGAGCCUUCCCCUGAAGCAUUGGUGCGCUAUUUGUCAAUGAGGAGGCACACAGUGGGUGUGGCUGACCCACGCACGGAAGUUAUGGAAGAUCUGCAGAAGCUCCUACCUGGCUUUCCUGGAGUCAACCCCCAGGCUCCAUUCCUGCAGGUGGCCCCUAAUGUGAACUUCAUGCACAACCUGUUGCCUAUGCAAAAUUUGCAACCAACCGGGCAACUUGAGUACAAGGAGCAGUCUCUCCUACAGCCGCCCACGCUACAGCUGUUGAAUGGAAUGGGCCCCCUUGGCCGGAGGGCAUCAGAUGGAGGAGCCAACAUCCAACUGCAUGCCCAGCAGCUGCUGAAGCGCCCACGGGGACCCUCUCCACUUGUCACCAUGACACCAGCAGUGCCAGCAGUUACCCCUGUGGACGAGGAGAGCUCGGACGGGGAGCCAGACCAGGAAGCUGUGCAGAGGUACUUGGCAAAUAGGUCCAAAAGACAUACACUGGCCAUGACCAACCCUACAGCUGAGAUCCCACCGGACCUACAACGGCAGCUAGGACAGCAGCCUUUCCGUUCCCGGGUCUGGCCUCCUCACCUGGUACCUGAUCAGCAUCGCUCUACCUACAAGGACUCCAACACUCUGCACCUCCCUACGGAGCGUUUCUCCCCUGUGCGCCGGUUCUCAGAUGGGGCUGCGAGCAUCCAGGCCUUCAAAGCUCACCUGGAAAAAAUGGGCAACAACAGCAGCAUCAAACAGCUGCAGCAGGAGUGUGAGCAGCUGCAGAAGAUGUACGGGGGGCAGAUUGAUGAAAGAACCCUGGAGAAGACCCAGCAGCAGCAUAUGUUAUACCAGCAGGAGCAGCACCAUCAAAUUCUCCAGCAACAAAUUCAAGACUCUAUCUGUCCUCCUCAGCCAUCUCCACCUCUUCAGGCUGCAUGUGAAAAUCAGCCAGCCCUCCUUACCCAUCAGCUCCAGAGGUUAAGGAUUCAGCCUUCAAGCCCACCCCCCAACCACCCCAACAACCAUCUCUUCAGGCAGCCCAGUAAUAGUCCUCCCCCCAUGAGCAGUGCCAUGAUCCAGCCUCACGGGGCUGCAUCUUCUUCCCAGUUUCAAGGCUUACCUUCCCGCAGUGCAAUCUUUCAGCAGCAACCUGAGAACUGUUCCUCUCCUCCCAACGUGGCACUAACCUGCUUGGGUAUGCAGCAGCCUGCUCAGUCACAGCAGGUCACCAUCCAAGUCCAAGAGCCUGUUGACAUGCUCAGUAACAUGCCAGGCACAGCUGCAGGCUCCAGUGGGCGCGGCAUCUCUAUCAGCCCCAGUGCUGGUCAGAUGCAGAUGCAGCACCGUACCAACCUGAUGGCCACCCUCAGCUAUGGGCACCGUCCCUUGUCCAAGCAGCUGAGUGCUGACAGUGCAGAGGCUCACAGCUUGAACGUGAAUCGGUUCUCCCCUGCUAACUACGACCAGGCGCAUUUACACCCCCAUCUGUUUUCGGACCAGUCCCGGGGUUCCCCCAGCAGCUACAGCCCUUCAACAGGAGUGGGGUUCUCUCCAACCCAAGCCCUGAAAGUCCCUCCACUUGACCAAUUCCCCACCUUCCCUCCCAGUGCACAUCAGCAGCCGCCACACUAUACCACGUCGGCACUACAGCAGGCCCUGCUGUCUCCCACGCCGCCAGACUAUACAAGACACCAGCAGGUACCCCACAUCCUUCAAGGACUGCUUUCUCCCCGGCAUUCGCUCACCGGCCACUCGGACAUCCGGCUGCCCCCAACAGAGUUUGCACAGCUCAUUAAAAGGCAGCAGCAACAACGGCAGCAGCAGCAGCAACAGCAGCAACAGCAAGAAUACCAGGAACUGUUCAGGCACAUGAACCAAGGGGAUGCGGGGAGUCUGGCUCCCAGCCUUGGGGGACAGAGCAUGACAGAGCACCAGGCUUUAUCUUAUCAAAAUGCUGACUCUUAUCACCAUCACACCAGCCCCCAGCAUCUGCUACAAAUCAGGGCACAAGAAUGUGUCUCACAGGCUUCCUCACCCACCCCGCCCCACGGGUAUGCUCACCAGCCGGCGCUGAUGCAUUCAGAGAGCAUGGAGGAGGACUGCUCGUGUGAGGGGGCCAAGGAUGGCUUCCAAGACAGUAAAAGUUCAAGUACAUUGACCAAAGGUUGCCAUGACAGCCCUCUGCUCUUGAGUACCGGUGGACCUGGGGACCCUGAAUCUUUGCUAGGAACUGUGAGUCAUGCCCAAGAAUUGGGGAUACAUCCCUAUGGUCAUCAGCCAACUGCUGCAUUCAGUAAAAAUAAGGUGCCCAGCAGAGAGCCUGUCAUAGGGAACUGCAUGGAUAGAAGUUCUCCAGGACAAGCAGUGGAGCUGCCGGAUCACAAUGGGCUCGGGUACCCAGCACGCCCCUCCGUCCAUGAGCACCACAGGCCCCGGGCCCUCCAGAGACACCACACGAUCCAGAACAGCGAUGAUGCUUAUGUACAGCUGGAUAACUUGCCAGGAAUGAGUCUCGUGGCUGGGAAAGCACUUAGCUCUGCCCGGAUGUCGGAUGCAGUUCUCAGUCAGUCUUCGCUCAUGGGCAGCCAGCAGUUUCAGGAUGGGGAAAAUGAGGGAAGAGCUCAUGGGGAGGUAGAGCCACAGCAUCCCACAGGUUCUGGACACAGCCCCUUUCCCCACUGGUCUUCCCUGAGUGCAGAAUGUGGGGCAAGCCUGGGAGGUCAUGAGCACCCAGACCUGAGUGAUGGCAGCCAGCAUUUAAACUCCUCUUGCUAUCCAUCUACGUGUAUUACAGACAUUCUGCUCAGCUACAAGCACCCCGAAGUCUCCUUCAGCAUGGAGCAGGCAGGCGUGUAACAAGAAAUAGAGAGUUUUGUGUACAGCUUGGGAAUGAAAAGGUUGAUUGUAAACCCACAGUAUCUAAAAGCGUUGCGCCAAAUUGCCCUUGUGUUUCUCUCCACCCAAAAUAUCACAGCUGCUUUCCUCACAUUUGGUUCAUCCGUGUGCUGUUCUUUUGGGUUCUGAGAGGGUUUUGCCAUGUUUGCUUGUAUGACCAAGUCACCAAGGAAAUAAACAGGAAGGAAAUCCAUGUUCUCCAUCUUUUGUGAAAGUAUAUUUGAGUCGGUGGUUUUUUGUUUUGUUUGGGGGUUGGUGUUUUGUUUUGUUUUUGGUAUGUUUUCUUCCAGAGGUGAUAUACUUUCUUUUUUUUCUUCCUUUCUUUUUUUUCUUUUGUUCCUUUUUUGAAACAGGAGAGCAAAGCAGUUAGAGUUGAGAGGCCAGCGGCCUCAGGGCCACUCCCUCCCUAGCCUUCAUCAGCAGAGCACCCUCCAUCCCCCUGCAUUGCUCUUCUGUGAAAGCAAAUACUAAAGGAUGCCAUCCUCUGGAAUCCUAAUGGCAGGCAAAGGGAGAGAGGAAGGGUGACGGCUUCUGGCACUUAGAAAACAAAAAGAACAAAAAAAGAGAAACCCCCAAGCCUGGAACGCAGAGAGGUCUUUACUGCUGGGAUCCACGGAAAACAUGUCUGUCCCAGCCAAGAUCAUAUGAAGAGUUUGGCACGGAGGCUGAGAAUGACCUGGCAUAGAUGGUUUGCCAGUUAGAAUGUCUCAGUUUGAGCCUUUGCUUUUGGUGGAUAACUCAGCUCCCCUCUUGUAACCUGGAAAGUUGGUUGCCUUUAUCAUCCUGCUGGUUUUAUCCAUGGACUGAACACCCAACAGCAGUGCACUAUGCUUUCUAUGGCAUCUUUCAUUCUCAUUUUAUAUUGUGCUAUAAAAAGGAUUGUUUCUCCAUAUAUAUAUUAUAUAUGUGUGUAUAUAUAUAAUAUAUAUUAUAUAUGUGUAUAUAUAUUAUAUAUAUAUUUAUAUAUAAUAUAUAUAUAUAUGCUCUCCUCUUUCAGCCUCUUUGUCACAGGGAAGAAGUGUAGGAGGUUGCCUUGGGCCCUGCCUCUCCUAACCUCCUCUUCCCCACUGGGUACCCUCAGCCCCUAUAUUUUAAUUCUUGAUCAUGUAGAAAUUGUUUUUGGUAAAUGUUGAUAUUAUUGUUAUUAUCAUUAUUAAUAAAUAAAGAGAAAAGGAAUUUUUGUUUAAAUGAGAAAUGUUUAACCAGAUUCUGUUCUAUUUGAAUUGUGACUUGCACCUUUUGUUCAAAGUAUUUCCUUUAGGCAUUGUAAUUGUGAACAGCUCUUACUUGUGCCAGUGACAGAUGCAGUGGUCUCCUUUCCCCAGUUGAAGCAGUGCAUACGCAAUAGCUAUUGUUUGUGUUAUCUUUAUUUCUCUUCAUUGUUAGAAACCAAAGUCUUCUCUGCUGGCUGGGGCUGAGAGAGGGUCUGGGUUAUCUCCUUCUGAUCUUCAAAACAAGAGAGAGACCUUGAAUACACUGACUCUUCCACCCUUUUUUUUUCUGGGAAAGGAGAGCAAGAGGUCCCGAGUCCCCUCCUAGUCUUUCAUCCUGAAUUUGCACAGAGGAAAGCGGGUGCCCGGCAUGGCCAUCCUGAUGUUGCUGGCGGGAUCCCCAUGCACCUUGUCCUUCUCCACUGAUACUGGCAGCUCGGCUCCUGGACCCAAGAUCCCUUGAGUGGAAUUCUGCAGUGCAAGAGCCCUUCCUGGGAGCUGUCCCAUGUUUCCAUGGUCCCCAGUCUCCCCUCCACUUGGUGGGGUCACCAACUACUCACCAGAAGGGGGCUUACCAAGAAAGCCCUAAAAAGCUGUUGACUUAUCUGCGCUUGUUCCAACUCUUAUGCCCCCAACCUGCCCUACCACCACCACGCGCUCAGCCUGAUGUGUUUACAUGGUACUGUAUGUAUGGGAGAGCAGACUGCACCCUCCAGCAACACCAGAUGAAAGCCAGUGAGCCUACUAACCGUGCCAUCUUGCAAACUACACUUUAAAAAAAACUCAUUGCUUUGUAUUGUAGUAACCAAUAUGUGCAGUAUACGUUGAAUGUAUAUGAACAUACUUUCCUAUUUCUGUUCUUUGAAAAUGUCAGAAAUAUUUUUUUCUUUCUCAUUUUAUGUUGAACUAAAAAGGAUUAAAAAAAAAAAAUCUCCAGACUCAAGUUGCUAA